CAGGAACAUAUUUAUAUGAUGUUCUGCUAACAUUCGACAAUUGCAAGCAGUGAUGGCAUCAAGUUGGACUGGCUAAGGUCAUUCAGUGUGUUUCCCACUACAUUGUUGUCUGUACCACUGCAGACAUGGCGUCACUAAGGCAGAGCAUGCUGGCCUACGGAACACAAGCUAUGGCUUUCUCACUCAUAUCCUCAUCCUUCAACUUCUACUAUGUGAAGGUAUUCUUGGAUGUAUACCACAUAGAACAGAUGUGGUUCCAACUUGCUCAAGUGCUUUUCCUGGUGUGGAACGCUAUAAACGACCCACUGUUUGCCUACCUUCAAGAGUCUACCAGCAGCCGAUUCACCCGCACGAGGCGGGAGAGCAUUCUGUACGGAGCCCCAUUUUUUGCAUUGUCUUAUGUAGUGCCCUGGUUUUCCUGGGGUAACAGCCCAAUAAUAGUGGGACUGCAUCUCAUAUUCACCCUGUUCUUCUGGGAUACCAUGCUUACAUUUGUUGGAUUGGCCACUUCAGCACUCUUCACUGAAAUAUCACAGGACCCUGACCACAGAUUAAAACUCGUGAGGAUUGGUAGUAUAGGGUGUCUACUGGGAGCGUUUAGUGUGUCUAUACUAGAGUUCACCUCCGGCAGUCUGACUAACUUCUUCAGGUUCCAGGUUGGGAGCAUUUGUAUAGGUGUGGUUAGCUACAUGUUGUUUCGAUACACUGGUAUGCAUGGCCACACUCAGUAUGAUCGUGAGAAGAUGAACUCGGGAACGGAGUCAGAUAUCUCGCACGACAAGAGCAUGCAGAAUAUGUCAUACUGGAGUGUCACAUGGCAGAUCCUCACUGACAAAAACUUCCUGUCUUUUGUUGUGAUGAACUUUUUCCAGAUAUUUCAUACAACAUUUAUGGCUAACUUCAUGAAAGUGAUAGGUGAUGAACUGAUACCCUUGGACACAAUAGAAGCAUUUCCAUGGUUACGGAGCUUCUUCUACGGCAGCAGCAGGUUCCUCCCAAUGAUACUUGUUAUUUGUGCGACACCAGUGAUAGGCAGGCUUGGGUACUACACCACUAUCAAGAUCAGCUUUGUGUGGAAGGUCGGGGCGGGCACUGUCAUGUAUAUGAUUGGAAGGGACCAGCCACUUUUACUCAUGGUUUUUUUGGCUCUCGACAGCUGUUUUGCCACUGCAAUGUUUUCUCUGUUUAAUAUGCCCCUGUCCGAUAUUGUGGAUACAGACAUGAACAAACAUCACAGAAGCCAUCCAAUAUCCUCCCUGGUGUAUGGGAACAACGCUCUGGUCACCAAACCAGCCAUCUCCCUGUCUCCCAUGAUGACAGUGGCUGUUCUCAAUCACUACGGCUACCAACAACUUAGCAAGAAGACUUUGACUAUAAGCCAGAUAAACUCUCUCCACGAUAUCAUGUUCUUCUUACUGUGCAUCCAGCCUGUUGCUAUUGGGGCCUUACAGCUGGUCACCUGGUCGUUCUACUCUUUACGGGACAGAAAGUCCAGCCUAGUCAAUAAAGUUUUUCCCUCGCCAGUAGAUAGCAAAAGUUUAAAAUGAUGAUUUUAACUUUUUUUGUAUGGUUUUUAUUUGCCUGUCAAAAUCAGGACAUGUGGUAUGCAUUGUUUAAUCAGAUUUACUUGGUCAUUGAUAAGGUUUAUCACCAUUGUAUUAAGUUUUGUAUAUGUAUCACAAUUUUUCAUGAUUAUUUACAGAGUUAUUGCACUUUGUGAACCUUUGACUUGCUGUUCUAGUAUUUUCAAAUUUUGUGGUAUAAAAACGUUAGGCAAAUGAUCAUAAUUUUCUCUGGAAAACAAGCAACUGAAAUUUUUGUCAGACUGUGUCAACAAAACAAUUCAAGGAUUGACAAGAUACAUACCAGUGUAGUUCUCCUGCUUAAAAUUAACUACUCAGUGCUUCCAGUUGACUUCAUUAUUCUGUUGAAGUUUAAGACUGUACCGUAACAAUAACUUAUCAAUCAUUGUGUUUGCUUUUUAAUGUAGCCAAUUUACUUUCUGAUUUUUUUGGUUGCUUUACGAUAAAGCAGGGGAGAAUGUUUUCAGUCAAUCGUUAAUUCUUCUAUCUGUCUGUCACACAUUGCUUCUUGAACAGUAACUAAAACAUAUCUUAAGUAGGUCACAGGCAUUUUGUAAUUUAACCUUUGCCAAGUCCAGGUUUGAAAAUGACGGAAUCUUGGUACUUUAUGGAAGUCAGAAGUUUUCUUCAGUUUUGUUCUUGUUUUCUUCUCAAUACAUUCCUGAUUAAUUACAAUUUAAGUAGAUUUUACUGUGAGUUCAUGUUACUUAUUGGUGUUGGCCUAAUGUCAUGUUACUGAGUGUUAAAAACGUAUAAUGUUAAAGUGUUUCGACCAAAGGAUCAUGUAGUAUUGCUAGAUAACCAACUUGGGAUUAUGACAUGUUUCAGUACUGUGCAUUCUCCCUUUACAUAUGCAAGAUAUGGUAUUCCAUGUGAAACACCCCACUUUAAAUUAAACACUUACUGACGGCGUUUUUAUGAGAUUUUGUACAAACAGCAUGAUCUUUUUCUGUAAGAGAAUAUCUAUAUAUAUAUAGUAUUAACUAAAAUGAUUCCUAUAACUAAUCAACGAAGCAGUUAUUGCAUGUGUUGUCUGCUUUCAGGCAGCAAAUAGGUACAUGUAUUAAUUUUUCUGCAUCUCGUAACUUUGCUGCUGUGGUAUCUGGAGAAGGAUUGCUCAGAUUUUUAUGAUAAAUGGUAAAGAAAAAUAUUACCCAUGCGUCUAGCUCAAGGUUGAUGUUUGGAAAAAUCAACGCAUAUUUAAUGAGGAUUCCGUACCUUACUGCCACCCGAUUGGCUUAUUGUCUGGAUGAAACCUUCAAAGGGAUAAUCCGAUUUUUAUGUAACUUUGUGUAGUUAAUGUAUCCCACAACCUAGAGCACAUUCUAUCAACAACCGCAGGCAGCAAUAGUUGACCAGCAUUGUCCAGUAUCUGUUACAGUCACAAGUAUAUAGCAAACUGUGACUCUCUGUUUACCAACACCUUUCAAAUCUAUCCAUUUUCAAAAUGUCUUGAAAGGGUACAUUAUACAUGUUCAGCAGAAUUGCCAAGUCAGUGGUUAUAAAGCACAAUUUUUUAAUAGAAAGGAAGAUUUAUCUGUCUGGAGUAACAAUACCAUUCAUUGUCUAGGUGGUACAUGCAGGUGUGUAGAUGUCAUUUUCCGGGCAAUGAAUGAGGAUGAUUCAUCAGGUUGACUUUUUCCCUGUCAACACAUCAAAACAAUUAACAUUCAAUGACUGACAUUUAAAUACAAUUUGUUUUGACAAUUAAUUUAAUGGUCUUUAAUUAUUUCAUUCAAUAAUGGAAAAAUGAGAAGGCUGAAUUUGGUUUUGAAAUAAAUGAAGAUAGAAGAUUAUAUGUAUGAUAUAUGACCAGCCCCAGAUUGGCAGUGAAGUUUGAACCCUGGUAGGGCCAUGGAUUCUACUACAGUACUGGCAGCAGGAGGAGAUAAUCUAUGUCAGACCUUUAAACAGGGUCUUUAAAUAAUUGUAUAGAUAUUGUUUAUUUCUGGGCAGUCCCUGGAAGAAAUACUCAAUGACCAUAUUAAAUUAUAUUUUCUACGUUUAUAUAUGAAAUAAUAUGAAGAGCUGUGAUAUAUUCCUUUGGAAGUCAACAUUGUUCUUUAUAAAUAUAUAGCUAUCUAUAUACCAUAGCAUUCGUUCAAAAUAAAAUACAACAUAUAAAACAGAAAUGCAACUGAUAUGACAUUUUUUAAUCAAUAUAUUCUUUAAACCCAGAGCUAAUGUUAUGAUGUUUUACAAGUAGCUUCCUGGAGUGAAAAGCAAUCAAAUUUGUCAAAAUAAAUAACCUUGACCCACAUUCAACGUCACAUAUGAGAUGUGUCAAAAACAUGAAUUGUCUUCUUUUCAAAAACCACAAGGUCUGGAAUGAUUAUUUUUGACAUGAAGCUUGCUGAGGAAGCAGUACAUGCAUUAAUGAGGCUGUAUUUGUUUCAUAUUUAAAAUUAAAACUCCCAAGCCAUAGCUACUUAUUUAAGGACAUGUCUAUGUUUUGAGUCAUCCUCAGGAACAUCACCAUUCCAAGAUAUACAAAUUUGGAUUAAAAAAAUAAGUUUUCUAUAGAAUAUUUAAAAAAUGUAUUUGUAAAAGAAAAUUAAAAUUUCAACUUCAAAAUAUCUAACAAGACUUUCAUUGACUUACUUUGAGGACAGUAUUUCAAAAACUGGUCUUUUUUAUUUAUAUAAAUGAAAACUGGUCAUAAAGUUUUCUGUUUCAGAAUGCCUGGCAAUGAAACCAUGCCAACUUUAGAUCACUCAGUACUUUCUGGGAAUUAAAAUUUCAUGGGAAAUCCCAAUGAUCAUCUCCCAUCCUCAUACAACAUCAUAGCAAGUAUUUAUACAAAAGAUGCCUCUAUUUUGAGAGUUGGAAUGAUACAAAACAUUAUUUAAUUGAUAACCCUCUCUGUGGAAGGAAAUAUCUCAAAACUGAAUAUUUAAACAAAUCACUGGCCAUGAUAUAAACCUGUUUAGUGCUAACUGGGUGAAGGAUUAUUAGAUAUGUUCUAAUAGAUUACCUUGACCUAUACCAAGAUUAUCAUUUCUGAAUUACAUUUAUGACGACCCCAUUAACUAUGAGUUAUAUAGGCCCCUUGGGCCUUUUAUUUUGGUAAUAAAUUCUGUAGAUAUUUAGUUUUACCAUCAAUCUUUACCAGUUUUACCGGGGAUUGUUUUGUACAGAUGAUACUCGGAAAGAAUACAUCUGUUUUUUUAACUGUGACAUUAUUUCCAGAACAACUGUGCCACAUAUUUGUUUACAUAGCAGUCAGAUGUUUACUUAUCAUUUUUGUUUUGAAUAUGUUUGUGUGUUUUUGGAGUUGCUACUUAAAUGGGAAAAAUUAAAUAUCUUGUAUUUUAAUACCUGUGUUAUAUGCAGUACAAAGUUUUUAUAAUUAUAUCUGGCAUAUACGAUUUUAUCUACAUUGUUUAUAUAUAUAUAAUUUCUUUGUGUUUAUUAUAUAGACAUGUUAAUCAGUGUUAUAAUUUUGGAAUUAAAUGCAUUUUAAAGGCUGUAUGAGAUAAAUAGAUUGUAUUAACAGCGAAUGAAUUUUGGUUGUUGACUUUUAUUACAUGUCUUAAUGAAAAUGCUUUACACUCAUAUUCAUAUAAAUAUUUGUUUGUCUAAUUUGUUUUCAAAAUAAUGUAUGAAUAUUCAAGAUGUUGGUUAGAAAAGUUUUGUCUUGAAAUGCAGUUACAUUUUGCCUGAAUCAUUUGUUAUCUUUUUUCUGUAUGUAUUGGGACCACUACCUGUAGUAUUGACAGUGUCCUCAUUGUUCUGGCAGGUUUUUGUAUUUUAUAAUCUCAAAAACAGCUAUACGUAACUAAUUAUUUCAAAAACAUGUAGAAAAGCUUCUGUGACCACAGACAAACUAAUAAAUGUUUUCAAAAGUGUCCAAAAGCGGGUUAAAUUGUUUUCAUUGAUGGAAAGGUCCAAGGCAGCGUUAUCAAAAUUGCAUUACUCCUCAGGUAAAUUUUGGUAUUGUUUAGAUACGUGGCCUUGAAUUGUAAAAGGAUCCUUUGCUUGUGGCUUUUUGCAGUAAAAAGCUAUUAACUUUGUUAAACAAAAACAACCUUUACACCAUUGGAAGGUCACGGGCAAAAUGUGUUGACUUCUGCAGAACUUUUAAGUUAAGAAUACUAUUUACGAUAUUUGUCCUGUAGUGUGCCGACUGAAGGACUGUUAACCCUUUCACCCCUAUGCAUCUUUAGUAAACUCUACCAUGCAUUGAUCUAGAUGAGUCCAUUAUGGUCUACAGUAGUGAAAGGAUUAAGUGUUCUCAAUUUACAACCUUGUAUAAAUUUUAAACUCAAACAUGUUUUAAAAUGAUAAAAACAAAACAUAAACAAUGUGUAAUUAAAGGCCCAUUUUGUUUAUUGAUAUACUUGUGUACCUGGAUAAUGUUGAGAUCAGUCACUUCCAAUGAGCAAAAUGUAAUACAGCAGAAGGUAAACAGUUAUAUAGCUGGGUGUGGUUUUAUUAUUUUAAAUUUUAACUUAUUUUUUGGGGGGAUAAAUGUUUACAUGUUGUUGGGAGCUCAGGAUUAGACAAGGUUUAUAAAGCUUGUUGUGGUGAUGGGGAUAAUGAUGUACUCGCUGAGUGGUACAUGUGUCAGCUGUCAGGGUUAUAUAAAAGAGAGGGCGAGAAAGAAAAAUAAAGUGUCCAGUUUUUAGUUAGUUUUUUGUGAGUUUACUUGUUACGAUAAACAGCUUUUAUUUACAUAGUAAAUGUUUUAUAGAAAUAUUGACUGACAACAUUAGGUGAAGAUUUUGUGAUGAGUAAAUAAAAUAUAUCUGACCUCUUAGACUUGUAAGUUAGAAGAAGAGCAACCUUUUUUCACUGAUCAAAGAUCUAAACAACACAACUAUGUACAAGUUACAGUUAUUUCACUCCGAGGACUAGGUAGGUUAAAUCUGUGCAAAGUGAUUAUUUAUUUGGAUAAAAAAAAAUGAAAGAAUGAAAGAUUUUGUUAAUUUGAUUUGAUGCCAUAGACAAGGAAAAAUGUUUAUGAGCAGUUUAAACUUUGCAAACUAGAUAUUUUAGGUCAAUUCAGUUACUAUUUUUAUUUUACAAAUCUUUUUAUAUCAAAUUCUGAUAUCCAGCAUUUG